CUUACUCCGCCUUUUAGUCCGUGUCGACUUGUUGCUCAACAGUACAGUGGAAAGAGAGCCUCAAAGGCUGAACCUGUUCACAAAUCAUCAUCAACACCUCGGGUCACGGCAGGACAGAAAGUCACCAGGCUGUAACAGAGAAAUAAAGUGAGGUGAAUCUCAAUUUCUAACACUAUAUUCAGUGUCAGAGAUUGAACCCAGCAAUCACAAUGGCAGACAGCGGGAAGACUAAUGAGACUGGAGCUGCAGCAGCACAACCAGCUAAUGGAGAGCAGCAGAGUGCUGUUUCGAGAGUGAGCAGCUUGCCUCUGGUCAGUUCGACUUGUGAGGUGGUUUCCAGUGCCUACACUAGCACCAAAGACAACGUGCCCUUGCUGAAAGGAGUUAUGGAUGUAGCUGAGAGCGGGGUCCGAACCUUGGGUGCUGCUGCCACAACGGGGUCCAAACCCAUUUUGGACAUGAUCGAACCACAGAUUGCCACAGUGAAUGAAUAUGCUUUGAAAGGACUGGAUAAGAUAGAAGAAAAGCUGCCUAUUCUUCACCAACCAGCAGACAAGGUGGUGUCGGACACAGUCGGUAUGGUAUACCAGUCAAUGGCAGGAGCCAAAGAUGCUGUGGUGGGUGCUGUGAUGGGUGGUGUCGAGCUGACUAAGGCAGCAGUCAGUGGAGGCAUCAGUACUGUCAUGGGCACUAAGAUGGGCCAGAUGGUCAGCAGUGGGAUGGGCCUGGCCCUUAGCCGAUCCGAGGACUGGGUUGACCAAAACCUGCCACUGACCGAGAGGGAGCUGGCUGCUCUUGCUGAACCUGCCAGCUCUGAGGUGACUACCACUACGUCCAGCCCCAGCUAUUUUGUUCGUUUGGGGAAACUCUCUGCCAAGGUACGGGAGCGAGCUUAUGACCAGUCCCUGGUCCGUGCACGGCACGCCAGGGAUACCACCUAUGCUGCCAUGGCUCAGAUUUCCAGCACUCUGGACCUGCUAGAGAGCACCCGUACCAGUGUGGGCACAGUGAGUAACCAGUUAGGAGGGGCCUCAGAGCAGCUGCAGCAGCGGUGGACAGAGUGGACACAGAAACAGGAAGGAGCUGAACACACUGAGCCAGAUGGGGCCAAAGAUGAAUCAGAGCAGCUGGAAUGGCGGGCCCUCACUUUGGUGCGUGGGCUAAGUGACCAGCUUAGGUCGGCAUGCUCCAGUGUGGUUUCAAGCACACAGGGCCUGCCAGGAGCAGUGCAGGACCAGCUGACCAAUGCACGGCAAGCUGCUGAGGAACUCCAGUCCUCUUUGGGAAGCGCUAGCACAAUCACUCCCCUCCUUCUGGAGCGAAGCCGUCAACAAUUAAAACAACUCCAGCAAUCCAUGGAUGGUGUCAUGGAGUAUCUACUAAACAACACACCACUUAACUGGCUAGUGGGGCCGUUCGCUGCUCAGAAGUCUGAGAAGGCAGAGAGAGAUGUGCCAAUGGAGAUGGAUAGCCCAAACAACUAGAUUUGUGCUUACAUAUAUAUACUGUUAACUGAAUAAAAAUAAUUUGCAUAAUGAAAGAUGCCUCACAGUUCUAUAAUGAUGUUUUCUUCUUAAUGAUUUAAACUUUUAUUUAUAAGUUAUUGACACUACAUUUAUGGUGUAGAAUUUGAUUAAAUGUAAUGGAAAUAAAAAAACUACAUUAGCCUUUUUUUUUUU